CGUUCUAAAUGGCCUAAGAACGCAGAAUUCUACAAAUUUGGACAUGGACAGUAUGGCUCGGUGAUCCAUCGUGACAGGUUGGACGAAGUGUGUUUUCAGUGGAGUGUAUUGAGGCGCACGAAAAUGUAUCAAUUUUGUUACAUUUUGUUGGCUGUUGUACUUUUGUCUGCCUAUACUCAUGGAGACUUCAUCGAUUUGCCGCAGUACCACCGCAUGCCGCGUUUGUCCGAGGCAGACGAUUACGAUCAGUGCAUGGAAGAAGCUCCUCCGGGUCAAAUCGUGGCCUACUGCAUGGCACGGGUCGUCAUCAAGCCAGACAACAGCUCCGAACUGUGGAACUUGAUCGAGGAUUUCUCCAAAAACUGGAAGAGACAUUACAAUCAUGCUCUGCUGGACCGCGGUGUAUGCAUGGAAGACUGCAAGCGUUUAGUUCAACGGUUACCCAAUGCAACCAGGAGUGCACUAAGGGUUGAGAAGUUUGCAAUCGAUUUUCCGUAUAUAUUUGAUUUAACAGUCUAUCAAGAUGGCGAGAGGGAUCGCGCACGAUACGGCGAAUUGCUAGACAUUUGCGUAAACUACAAGCUCAAUCAAUCCUACGGUUUGAGAGCUUACACUGAAAUUGAAGUUUGCAACAAAAACGUUGAGCCCCUGGAAGUAGACCUUCUGGAUUUCUCGUUCUUUCUCAUAUUAGCCGGAAUCAUUUUCCUGGCGAUCUUAUCCAGUUGGUACGACAAGACCAUCAAAUUCAAACAGGAUGUGGGACACUACAAGCAGGACCCGGAUAGUUCAAGAAAAAUGUUAUUCGUUUCGUUUUCCAUUCUACGAAAUUGGUAUCGAUUAACGUCUCGUUCUCAGGAUGUCCUGAACAAAGAUUUGCGGUUCUUUCAGGCCAUUCGAUACCUCACGAUGAAUUUGGUUAUCCUCGGACAUGCUGCGCUGAUCUACAGUAUCGCACCGUCACAGAAUACGAUGCGAAUUGAAAUGAUGUUCCAUCAACUUGGCACAAUGAUUCUCACCGGAGGACCCCAAAUCGUGCAGACCUUCUUCGCCAUGAGUGGUUUUCUGUUGGCCGUUCAAAUGAUCAAAUACGCGGAGAAUCGAUCGCGAUCACCGGGAGUCCUGUUUCUGUUGAAGGCCAUCGUCUAUCGGUACAUUCGGCUAACUCCGGUAUAUGCCUUUGUCGUUUUACUGCAUGCCACGUGGCUUUCCAAGCUGCAAGAUGGUCCCAUUUGGAAACUGGGGACGGAUACCGAACGAGCCUUCUGCCGGAGGAACUGGUGGACCAAUCUGCUUUACGUCAACAACUACAUCCAUGCAGAUCAACCGUGCGUUCAACAAGGUUGGUACCUGGGAUGCGAUUUUCAACUCUUCAUCCUGGGAAGCUUACUUAUGAUAGUGGUCAUAAAAUUCCGAAAGCUUUCGUCGCCGAUCUUGAUGAUAGCAGCCCUCGCUGCAUACCUUGUUCCAGCUUAUUUUAUCUAUUAUGAAAAACUGGAAGGCAUAUUUCUCGUGACACUUCAAGGUCAACGGUUCACGUUGUGGUUUGACGAAUUCUACCAGAGGGCGUACAUCCCGUUGCACGUCAACCUUGGAAACUACCUAGCAGGAAUUAUCGCCGGAAUGAUCUACCUUCGUCUUAAACAAUCCAACACCGAUCCCGUCCAAAAGCGCUGGUUCCGCAUCCUGUGGUACUUUGUGUUCCCAGCGGUGUUCGGAACCCUGCUCGUCAACUACAUCUUCUAUGAGUACGACUUCGCCAAGCCGUCGCUGUGGAUGGCAGCCUUCUACCCAAUAGCCAAGUACUCUUGGGGCAUCUACGCGGGGGUCUUCAUGAUGGGCCAAAUCUAUGGGAUAUCUCCGAUCCUGAAGCGGAUCUUUAACCAUCGCAUAUUUGAACCACUUGGACGGUUGACCUACUCGGCCUACCUGGGCCACGUGUUCGUGAUGAGGGUGACAGUGCUGAACCUGCGAUCGCCACUGCACUUCAACUAUAUUGGAACGUUUUCACUGAUUUUUGCAUCGGUUAUGUUCUCCUAUCUGAUGGCACUGAUUCUAUGCUUGCUCUUAGAGUUUCCAGUUUCUGCUCUGCAAAAGCUUGUUUUCGGUGGUAUGCGAGGCCACCCAAAACAAUCGAAUGAUGUAGAAACGUCAAACGAGGCCACAAAGAAUGGACCAAGAAUUGUGAAUAGUGGAGUUUCUAGUAAUGUGAAUAAUUAGGUGGACUUUAUCAAUAAAUAGAAAUCAAAAUGGUCU